AUGUCGUCCCGAGCUCCGAUCUCGCCGGGGAAGAAGGCCUCUGCUGGUGAAGAGGCGACAGACGCACAAUUGCUGGAAACGAGGGUUAGGGAAUUUUGGGGAAAGAAGUUAGAGAGAGAGAGGGUCGUCAAUUUCAAAAUCACGACGAGCUUGGUCUCACACUCAAAGCUUCAUAUAGCCAUGGAUGAGGAUAUGUCUAAUUCACUGCGGAGGAUGUCCAUGCGAACUCGUAAGGUUGCUCCUAAAAUGGCUGCGGCACUCGCAAGCAGUGAUAAUCGGACUCAGGCAAUGCUUGCUCGUCUUGAAGCUUUGGAGAAUGAUAAUGCUGGCCUGGAGACGGUGCAAGUUGACGAGGAUGACGAAGCCUCCCUUGAUGAUGAUGAUCAAGCGUACCUGAAAAAGCAAAGCAAAAGCACAAAACGUAAAACACGUCAAGCAAAAGCACUUGAGAAUGCCAAGAAGGCCCCAAGAACAUUCCUUGAGCUCUUGCAGGAGGCUAACCUGGAAUCAUUGCCUCCUCAUGUACCGACUUACUUGAGAGCAGCUGUUGGGCCCCCGAGUUCCACAGCUCGUCGCCAUUUCUGUACAGUCUGCGGGUUCUCUUCAAACUAUACGUGCGUGCAGUGUGGGAUGCGGUUCUGUUCAGUUCGGUGCCAGAAUAUCCAUAACGAUACACGUUGUCUGAAGUUUGUUGCUUGA